GAUCGACUCUCGUGUGUGCGUCGCUGCAGACCACAAGAACGGAGCAACAAGGGUAUCGUCAUCACGACAGUGCCGACGAACACAGCGCUGAUAAGAGAGCGACCACCGGCGCACUGAAUAUUUCCCUCGUCGCUGCUGCCGUUGCUACUUUCCGUGCAUCCAAAUGGACGCCGCCAGGACACUCGCCUUACACAGCGCUGCGGAACAACUGUGUCUGCUGAUUGAAAAGGGCAGCGCGCCAGUUGUCACACCGGGUGCAUGAUUCGACGGACCCUGCUAUAGCGCCAUCUGUAACCAACGAAGGGGGACAUGCGCGCCGGUCCUCUCAUGGGCGGGAGCCACAGGCGGCGCCUGGCAUGUGGUGUCAGGCUUCUGCUCCUGCUGUAUGUGUUUCCAGGUGCCCAGUCAUCGCUCUGCAAGUCUAUGUUCUCGCCCAUUUCCGGAGACAUGCCUAAGGACUUCAGCUUGAAAGUGGGAGACCCACUGGUGCUCAACUGCACCCUCAAGACUCCAGAGUUCAGCAUUUCGAACAAGCAGUACUCGGUCAACGGCAGCCACCUGGAGAUUAAAUUCAACGACACCAAGGUGCCCAGCGAUCUGCUGACAGUGGGCGACAUGUGGGUGGCAUUUCGCAAGGAGCGCUCAGAGUAUUCGGACACGGGCAACUACAACUGCAACAUUCGCGUCCCCUCUGACAAGGUUUUCCACAUCUGCGCCACGCAGGUCACCAUUGGAGAACCACCACUACCCGUUGAAAAUUUCCGAUGUAUCAGUUAUUACUACAAGAACGUGACCUGUUAUUGGGAACCACCACCAAACAGUGUCAAGACUGACUACAGGCUCGGAGAGAUGUUUGCAUUGACACGGGCACACAAGGGCUUUUAUCGGUCAUGCCCGCUGCCGGCCCACUCUGGAAAUGAAUCGUCGUGCUCGUGGACUGUGGCAUCCAAGACUCCGUUUCGCAAGGAAACCACACUAUUUCACCUAGUCAUGAACGGAACAAAUGCCCUUGGCGUCAGGAACUUCACGUACCUUAUAGAGCACCUUAAUAUAGUGAAAAUUUCCGAGCCGGCUGAGUUCAAGUGUAGUGCUGUGUCCAAGAGGAGCAUCACACUUAGCUGGAACGCUAGCAUAGAGCAGAAAGAGAACCCAAAACUGCUUGUCAUCUAUCAGAUCCGCUACCAGUCUCAAUACGAAUCCACCUGGAAGACUGUGGAGGUGUUCAACAAGACGUCACACAUGAUACAGCAGCUGAACCCGUACACUGAGUACACUUUUCGACUUCGAGGAAGGGCAUCCAAGGCGGUGCAGGAAUAUUUCUGGACCGACGAUGUGGUGCUUUCGCAGACGACGUUGAAGGACGUGCCCGAAGCGCCGCCUCGAAUAUCGAGAAGCGGCUUCAAGGUGCAGAAUUAUCAGAGCCGGCGUACCAUCGUGCUUAACUUUGCGGCUCUCCUCGAAAAGAAGUGGGGCGGGGCCACACUCCAGUACCUCAUCACCUGCUGCGAGGAGGAUGCACCUGAGGACAAGUGCGAGAACAAGACUGUCGACAUGCCCACCGUUACAUUCGAAGGCCUGCACCGCAACUUGCGCUACAACUUCCAGCUGUGGUCACUGAACGAAAUUGGGCUCUCCCAGGUUCACUCCAGCCUCCAGGUGGACAAGUACGACGAACUUAUCAACGCACCUCAGGACAUAGAGGUCAUUGCCCACGGCUCCGGCAGUUACGUGGUUUCAUGGCGCGCGCCCUCCGCCCGCAUGCCCUUCCUGACCUCCUCAACUUCAACGUCAACGGAAGAAGAGCAGGCGACCAGCUCCGAGCCGCUGGGACCCAUGAGCUACACGGUGUUCUGGUGCCCGCGGAUGCUGCCGCGCUCUUACAGCUGCAACGAAUCCAUCGAGUGGCGCAAGACUGAGCUCAACACGUCUUCCAUAGUGCUCAACCUCGACCCAGGCAACGUGUACCAGUUUGCGGUCGCGGCGCAGACCGUUGACAAGGCCUCAGAGAGUCACUGGACGACGUGCGUCCUUCCAGUGUCAAAGGAACUGGAGAAGAUCACGCAAGUGACGCUGGAGAAGAACGGCGGCCAUUCACUGCUGAUGCGCUGGCAACUCGAGUGCAGUACGCUGAAAUCCUACGUGAACGGCUACCAGAUCGAAGCUUGCGAGGUGUUGCCAAAGUACCAAAAGCAGGCACUGCACGACACUAACGGAUGUAUGUACAGCAAGUACGAUCCCAAGACCUGCAAGGUUUACAACAUUACGGAUCGGGAUGACGAAGAGGCAGAGCUGGGAGGGCUGUCUGCCAACGCAGUUUACCGGGCCGUAAUAAGGGCCUCUUCCAGUGGGAAGCUAACUGAGGACAGUCCGGCGCAGUGUGCCAGGACUGAACUGGGGACAGACGUCGCUCUCGUGAUUGGAUGUGCCGUGGGUGGAACCAUCGGCCUGACCGCCCUCGUCUUCUCGAUCUACGUGUUUGCACGAUGGUUCAAGAAGAAAGUGGACCUUAUCAAAGAGAUCAAGAUUCAGCUUCCUGAUGGCUUGGAUUCUUCAGAAGCAAAUCAGAUGCAGAGCUACAAGAACAGCAAGAAUGGUUCUGCCGGGAAGGCAAGUGAAACCAACCGGAGUCCGCACAUCGCCUACGGCCGGAUGGGCUGCUUUUCUGCCGCUGACAGCGCUGGUCCUAAGAAACGCCACGACUCGGGGCGUUCUCAGGGCAGCAGCUCUUCGACUGAAGAGUUGCUGUACAAGAAGACUCGGCGUGCAGACACCUUUGGCCGCAACCCCAGUGGUGACAGCAGCGGUGGCAGCACUAACGGCCAGGACAGCGUCGUGUCCGCCAGCACGGCACGCACGGGCGCCACCUCGUCGUGCGACUCCGGUGCUGAGAGCGACCCCGCAGCGCCCCCUUCUCCCGAUUGUCUACUCCUGGCCGGAAACCACACUCCACUUGCUCGUUGCCGGCCCAACCUUCCCAAGCUCGAUGAAGACAGAGUCCGCGAGAGUCAGGACUCCGGGCUCGACACCGAAGUGACGCCUCCCAUCGUGAUUCCCUCGUCGGACUCGUCGCAACCAUCGUACAGCAAACUUGUGGCGACCCCAGAUGUGCAGGCACCGCUGCUUCAGAGUCAGGCCCUGGCUACAAGCGAGCCGUCGCUGUUCGAGGGAUCCGAGAACGUUCCAGAACCCGUCGAGCCUCUCCCUCCAUACAGCAAGUUUGGUUUGGCAAGAAGCAGCGAGGACGUAUCCACGGCACCUCACACCAUGUGCAGACCGUCUCCGGGCACCAGGAGGCAAGAAGGGCCCCCAGCACUUCCCUACUCCCAGCUUGCACUCCGGCAACAGCCAGGUGUGAAUGGCUUGCCGGCACACGCGUUUCCGAGCGCGGACAUCACUGUUGGGCUGGCACUGGAACAACCCAGGGUACUGCCACACCUGAAGAGCGGGCCCGGGUCGUUGUUUCCACAGCCCAGCGCAUACGUGACGGUUGGGCAGGCCAUGAAGACCCAGCCACCUGCGACGGAGCCACAGUCGGGGCCAGCCUACUCCAAGUUUGGCAUCCAGCCUCCAAAGCCACUGACCAGGCCAGGCGUGCCUGCCUACGUGCCACUUCAGGCCGUAGUCGGUGUACACCACGCUGCCCUCCCGGCUACAACGGUGCCUGCCGGAGAACCCGGUCCCCGUGACGACAACUUCUGCGACGCGGACUCCUCUUCGGAUGACAUGGCCAUCGUUGGCGACGACAACAGUAACAACGCUUCGCUCGAGGACUUUUCGUUUUCAAGUGCCUCUGGGCCCGGUGUCGACGAACUCGUGGAAGCUCGUCAGUCACCGCAGAGCACAUCGGGACAGACACCUGUAUCUGUUGAGCCAGCAACAAAGCCGCCCCCACUAGACCUGACAAGCGAGCCACAGAUCGCGUCCAACGGCUACACGCGCCUGCCCUGCGCGUCUCCGAGUGAAACAAGAGGUGUGACCCCUUACGUGACACACGUGGCCGCUUUUGACUGGGCGCGUCCUGCACCCAGAGAUGGCGAGACAGAUGAGGACAACAGUGCACUACCUCCGCCAACGUCGUCACCGUACGUUGUGCUGCCCAAUACGGCCGACACCGUCAAUUCGAGGACUUCUGCGGUCAGCUUUGUGCCCGGCGUCAAGCCCGAGGGGGUGGAUUGCUCGGUGUGACUCACGUGAGGGCCUUUAGGAACACCUCCAGUUUCGAACGCUGAUACAGUGCCGCUGCUGGCAGCUUGCAGAUCUUGCGGCUGCUCUGUGUGAAGGUGUUUCUCGUUAUGCGGCCACAGCCGUCGGGAUGUCUUGGGCGGGCCUGUAACUUGCCUUGUUCGAUUAUCACCAGUGUUUCUCUCUCUCUCUCUCUCUGGUUUUUACACUUGUCAUAUAUCGUCCGCCCUUUGCGACAGUCUGGUAACCCUCUCAGGGGAAAAAACGUACGGGGUGGUUUCUUUAUAUCUGACACUCUAGUCAUGAGCGGGAGUGCUUUUUACCGUUGCAAACUCGCCUCUCAGGACAGCGGAGACUUUCGGAAGGAAAACAGCCUCGAGCUGUAGUGGGGGAAUACACACGAAGCAUUUUUCGUUACUAUUGUAGCUAUUCAGGGACAAGGACCUUUCGGGAGCACGAAGGGAAGGAA